UGACGUCACUUCCCGCGGGCGGUACCGGGCCCGGUGCCGCCGGUGCGGGCCGGGGGUGGAGGAGGCGGAGGGAGGUCUCGGUCCCGGUUCUGGUCACCGUCCCGGUCCCGAUCCCGGUCCCAGCGGGCCAUGGUGGUGCUGCGGGGCGGCGCGGGCCCCGAGGAGCCGUUCCCGAGGAUCGAGGACUGCCUGCCCCUGCUGCAGGACUCCCCGUCCAAGCGGUUCUCCCCGUCCAAGAGGAAGCAGUAUUACAUCAACAAGGCCAUCCGCAACUCCGACCUCAUCCCCAGGGCCAAGGGCCGCAAGAGCCUCCAGAGGCUGGAGAACACUCGCUACCUGAUGACACUUCUGGAGCAGGAUGAGUGUGGGAGCGACGAGGGAGAGCUCACCCACUCGGCCACCCCCAGCAUCUUUACUGAGGCCUGUAACAAUGAGACCUAUGUGGAGAUCUGGAACGACUUCAUGAACCGGUCGGGAGAAGAGCAGGAGCGGGUCCUGCUCUACCUGGAGGAGGAGGCCAGGAAGAAGCACAGGAGGAAGCUGCCUGUCAAGAAUGAGGACAAGUGGAAAGAGCUCCCAGCCUACACGCCCCAGGAGUGCUUCCAGCGCAUCAGCCGCCGCCUGCGCGCCACCCUGAAGCGGGGCCGGAUCCCCAUGGGGACGCUGGAGGGGCUGGAGGAGGAGCUGCUGGCCUUCUUCUCUGUCACCCCCCACUCCGUCUACACGGCACUGAUGGACAACAGCUUUGAGCGGCUCCUGCUCCACGCGCUCUGCCAAUACAUGGAUCUCGUCUCUGCCAGUUCAGACAUCGAAGGCAAACGUCAGAUGAAAGUGAGCAACAAACACCGCGUGUUCCUGCCCCCCGAGCUGCUGCUCUCAGACUACCUGGGGCAGAUGAGCUGAUGCCCCCGACAGCUGCCCUGCCCCUCCUGCGUGUGCUGCAGCCUCUCUGGGCCCCGCAGCCCUUGGACCCUCGGCCCUUCCCCUGCUCCAGCAGCCGCUGGCUGGUGGGGCAGAGCCGAGGGCUGGUGGCUGUGCCCUCUGCUGUGCUGGGACCGGCGCGGGCAGCUCUGCCCUGGUACGGAGCAGGUGCCUCCUCCCACCCGCCCCGCUCCCCGCGCAGCCCUCCUGGAACUGGUUGUGUGUCUAUUUAUAACCCAGGUGUUUUUAAACAAAAAAAAAAAGAAUCAGGUGGGGCCACCCCCCUCCCCUCUGGCGCUGACGCUCGUGGGGUGAUUUCGGUCCAGAUUUUUCCGCGGUGAAACAGCUCCUGGCGGCUGCUGAGCAAUCGCUGAGCCGGCGGAAGAGCCCGGGGGCUGCCGCGUUCCGCAGCCCCGUGCCCACGGAGCGUCCAGCGGGGCUCGGCCCCCUCGGGCAGGGCGGGGUGUGGGGAGCUCCGGGUGCUUUUGCCCCACACCCUGUGCCCUGCCCGCACCACGGGGCUGUUUUUAAGUGUAAUAUAGCUUGUGUUUUUUAUCACGUGUGUGUAUAUUUACAUGUGUGUGUGUGUAUGUGUGCUGGAGGGGUGCAGCCCUAUUCGGGGCUCUCUCUGCUUGUCCACAGCUGCCACGGGGGGCAGAUGGGGCAUUUUGGAGCUCCCUCUGUGUCCCCCCGUGUCCCUGGCAUGUGCCAAGGGUUGCUCGCAGGGUGUUCCCUGGGGAUUUUUGCUGGUUGCUCUGUCCCAUGACGACACCGACUGCCAUUAACCGCGGGGACCCCCAGACCCAGGGGUGCCCCUCGCGCCUCUUUUGCUGGUGUGACUCGGGAACGGGCGCGUUCAGGAACAAUAAAGACGGUGCUCCCC